GCUGGAGCAUCAACAGAGAAAGACAAUCGACUUUGACGAUGGCGUUUGGACGACAAACUGUGCUCUGCCUGAUGAUCCUGGCCUGCUGGCCAAUCGGCAACCGAGCGGAGGAGUUCUCGCAGUGUGCGAAUGCGGAACCUGACACCUUCGUGAUGACCAUUGACGACUGCGCCGCCUACAUCUACUGCAACGGAGAGGACUCCUUCCGCGACAGUUGCCCGGAGGAUACGUAUUUUGACGACAAGACCCAGGAGUGCGUCUUUGACGACGCUGGAGUGUGUCUCAAGGGCUUGGAGACCGAAGAGGCGGAGGAGGUAGUUGAGCCAGAAGCAGAGGAGGUAGUCGUGCCUUCCUCUACUCCCGAUCCCACGCUAUCCCCAACAAUCCCAGAAGUUGACACAACGGCUGCUGCUCCUCUCCCUUCCCGUCCAGCCGGAACUCGUCCCCACUGCGAUUCCAACAGGGAUUCCGUCCACCCCCAUCCCCAGCGCUGCGAGUACUUCUACCGGUGCGUGGGCGGCUACCUGACCAUAGUGCGGUGUCCCUACGACUACGGCUGGGACUCCCCCACGGAGCAGUGCCGGCCAAAGGCACAAGCCAAUUGCUUUAGUUUGUAGGUCUUGAAUUUAGAGAUGCAUAUGCCAGUGCAUAUGUAUGUAGUAUGUAUGUAUGGGAUUGACCCGGGUGGGGAUCUCUGGGCUGUGGUAUUCGCAGCCUCCAAGCAGCGGCACUGCUAACCCAAAUAGAGGCGCACACAAAUGACAAUAAUAAAUAAGUAUUUGUGGCAUUUUAA